AUGUGUGAUAUCUCACAUCGUUUACCAUUUACAACAAAUUGUCGUAAUGGUUUAGCGAAAAUUUUUUGUUCAUUAUCCAAUUUUUUGGAUGUUAAUUGGCAAGAAUGUAAUUUGGAAAAUGUUGAAUAUGAGGAAUGCGUGAAUUGUUCACGUAAUAAAAUGAAUAUUACACGUCAAACUUCAUGGGUUAUUGUUUGGUUGGAUUCACUUGGUAAGAUGCCGCCAGCUGUAAGUGAAGGAAAUUAUUACUGGUUGGGUGAUUACGAACAGUGUUCAAUUCUACGAAA